AUGUGGGCCAGUGUGCUGAACCUCAGAAGACCAGCUCACCCACCUGCUGUCACAUUGCCAGGUUCCUCCGGUCCCAGUUGUCCACCUGGCUUUUACACCAAAGAGGAGCUCAAGCCUCACCUCCAGAGGCCUCCCCAAGAUCCCAGAGCUCCAGGGGCAAACGGCAAAGCAUUUUUUUCACACAAACUGACUCCUGAGGAACAUUAUGAGAAAAUACUUGGGUAUAGUAAAAACAAGUUCAACCAGUUUGCCAGUGAUCGCAUCUCUCUGCACCGUGACCUAGGUGAAGAUACCCGGCAUCCAGAUUGCUUGAAACAAAAGUUUUGGUGUUGUCCUGGCCUCCCUACCACCAGUGUGAUCAUUGUGUUUCAUAAUGAGGCCUGGUCAACUCUGCUCAGGACGGUUUACAGUGUCUUACACACUGCUCCCGCUGCACUGCUUACAGAGAUCUUACUGGUGGAUGAUGCCAGCACAGAUGAUCAUCUGAAGACUCGCUUGGAUGAAUAUGUGAAGCGGCUGAAGAUAGUGCGUGUGUUACGACAAAGAGAGAGGAAAGGCUUGGUCGCAGUCAGACUGUUGGGGGCGCAGGCUGCACGAGGAGAGGUCCUCACCUUCCUGGAUUCACACUGUGAAUGCUUCCCUGGAUGGCUGGAGCCUCUUUUAGCUCGCUUAGCAGAGCAACCGACUGCUGUGGUGAGCCCAGAUAUUGUCAAUAUAGAUAAAGAUAAUCUAAAGUUCAGUAAGCCACGCCCUGCAAUGAAUUAUCACAAUCGAGGGAGUUUUGACUGGGUGCUCACCUUUGGAUGGGAGCCCAUCCCCAGUGAAGAGAAGAAACGCAGGAAAAAUGAGACAUAUCCCAUCAGAACGCCUACCAUUGCUGGUGGUCUGUUCUCUGUUUCUAAAUCAUACUUUGAGCAUAUCGGGACCUAUGAUGACCAGAUGGAGUUCUGGGGAGGUGAGAAUUUGGAGAUGUCCUUCAGGGUCUGGCAAUGUGGAGGUCAGCUGGAGAUUAUUCCUUGUUCUGUUGUAGGGCACAUUUUCCGCAAAAAGAGCCCCCACACCUUCCCCGCCAGCUCCUUUGUAAUCAUCCGCAACCUGGUCCGCCUGGCUGAGGUCUGGAUGGAUGACUACAAAUGGGUCUACUAUCGUACAACCAGGAGGGCUGCUUCCAUUUUUAAAGCGAAUUCAUUCGGAGAUGUUACUGAACGUCGUAAACUCAGGGAGAGAUUAAAGUGCAGGAACUUCUCUUGGUACCUGGAGAACAUUUACCCAGAGGCCUAUGUCCCUGACAUCAGGCCUCGCGAGCAAGGAAAGGUGAGCUACUUUUUGAAAAACAUUGGUUGGAAGUGCUUUCUGGAUGUGAAGACAAAGCAAUUGGAGCCUGAUAUGUUGAAAUGUUACAGUGAAGGAGAAGGACAGUAUUUUGAGUACACCUCCAAGCAGGAGGUACGUCUCAGCGUUGACAAUAAGUGGUGUUUACAUGCAAACCCUGGAAAAGCUCUGGUGUCUCUUGAACUGUGUCGAUUGGAGGGAAAAGCAACCAUGGUAGCGCCUGAACAAGUGUGGAUCCUCACACAGACAAACCAUCUGAAGAAUCCCUUAUCAGACAACUGUUUGACAGCGUCAGAGGGAUACGUGAUCAUGACUAAAUGCAAACCCACCAUACUCAAUCAAAGCUGGAUCUUCAUCUGA